AGCUUUGUCAAGCAAACCACACAAUGGUGGCGUGUAAGGCCGUCACACCCACCCACACCACGUGGCCAGCACCACGCACCGCGCAACAUUUGCGGUUAGCUUUGCGGUGUGGGCGCGCCUUAGCGCGGAACCAACAGGGAUUUUGCGGUUGGGUUCAUCUCAGGUGAAGAAACAGCUUGAGGCGCGGUACUGAUUGCUAGCUCCCCUCCCCCUUUGCCCACUCCCCCUCCUCCGUCGCUGGUAUGCGGGCAGAGAUAGAGAGAAGGGGUGAGUCCAGGCUUUGUAUACCCCUAACCUCUCUCUCUCUUCCCCUCGACAGGAAUUUGCAUAUAUGAUAUAUAUAUCCUAGUUUCUACCAAGAGUAGAUUGUCCGCUGUUUGUGAUGGAGUAGCAAGGUGAGAGAGAGAAAAAAAAAAAAAAACAGUAUUAAAAUAGUGCACGAGGGUCACACGAAACGCUGGCGGUUGCAUGAAUAGACCCGCCAAGUGCACACGAGUUGAACACGCCUGCCCCUGGCUGUGUCAGUCUCGGCAGCUCUCACUGCAGUGAACGCAGCACACACACACACAGCGCAAGCAGGCUGUGCGAGCUCUUAGGGGGAAAGAGAGAGAAAAGGAAAAAAAAAAGGUUUGUUACGGUCCGGAAACAAAGGGAAGAGGCGUCAGCGAGCGGGCCUACAGUGGCGUCGGCUACGGUCCGCCCAGCCUUGGCUUGGUCCAUACUGCUCGCUCUCCCUUUGAAGGAAUGUCGAUAGAGCCGAGUGUCAAUUACCCUAGUCACGUGACCAUCUCUGCACAUCUGCGCAGACGACCGCUGUGUAUACCGACAGAUAUGCUACGUUUUGCCUGAAUAUCAACACCAGACCCAUCUCUGAAGUCCGUUGAAGGCUCGGGCGCGAUGGAGAACAAGCGGUCCCGCCUACGCAUAUCGGAGUUGAACCCUCACCUGUUGUGUGCUUUAUGCGGCGGAUACCUGAUUGACGCUACGACAAUCGUUGAAUGCUUACAUUCGUUCUGCAAGACAUGCAUCGUGCGAUACCUUGAGACCAGCAACUACUGCCCCAUCUGCGAAGUGCUUAUUCACAAAAAGCGGCCUUGGCAGAACAUACGACUCGACCAUACGCUUCAAAAUGCUGUUUACAAAGUCGUUCCAGGACUUUUCAGAAAUGAAAUGCAAAGAAGGCGAGAUUACUAUGAAAAACAUCCUCCUCCAGGGGGUAAGGACGGCUUUGCAGAACAAGUUCACACGGCGCCAGAAAGAAUUAUUUUCUCCGAAGACGAGAAGUUCAGCGUCACCUUGGAGUUCUCGCCCAAUGGGCGACCUAUUCAAGAACCAAAGAACACCGCUGUUGAUGUGUCUUCGGAACACCGAGACAAGAGAUUUUUACUGUGUCCAGCCAGUCUGCGAGUCGGGCACCUGAAGAAGUUUGUUCGUCUGAAAUAUUCUCUUCCAGAAUGUUACACGAUCGAUCUUUUCUACUCUGAUGAACCUUUGGAUGACGAGUACUCUCUUAUGGAUGUCGCAUACAUUUACUCCUGGAGACGGGAAAGCGUUUUGACGCUCUACUACUCCUUUUAUGAGCCUCCAUCAAAGCGGCGGAAAGUGGCUGCUGCUACUGCCACAUCUCAAGAUGCUCUACCAGCCCGCGUGUCGUCACCUCGCCCCUCCACGCCUGCCAAAGCCGAGCCUGCUUCCACAUCGUCUUCUACAAUCUCCUCCAAAAGCGUGGAGGCCGUUGACAGCGUGUCAGGUGUUGAGUCGUCAGGCGUCAAAACUGCGGCAUCUCCACAUGACGUCACCUCCCGUUCUACCGCCACUACAGACGUCAAAACUGCGGCGUCUCCACCUGACAUCACCGCUCCUUCUACCGUCACUACAGACUCCUCCUCCGUCGCAGAGUCUCGUGGUGAAUCGGCCAAGCAGCAGAAGGAGGAAUCUGUCGAUGACGAAGGAGAAAACGAGGAAGAAGACGAAGAAAGACCGCUGAUCAUUUGCACUCCGGAACCUUUGUCGUUACCAAUAACGACAUUUGUAUCGGCAAUCGAGGCCGAGGUGGCUGCAAUCAAAAGCGACACCGCCAAAGAUCAUCCCACCUCUUUGCAUGCCGGUGCCAGUGGUUUGGAUGCUAGACUUUGUGACACUGAGGGUGAAAGGGGUGGUGUCAAGGUCGGUGCUUCGAGUGCUUUUAUUGCUUCUCCAGUUGUUAGCAACAGUGCCAGCUCAGUGUCUGCCAGUGCUGUUAACUCCACGAAGGCAAGUCACGGCGUGAACGGCAACAUAAACUGCACGGCCUGGAGUAACAGCACCUCUGUCUGCCCCACAGAAACUGCAGCAGACUUGGUCAUCGCGAGCUCUCGUUCUGCCAAGGAGGUGAACGCGUUCAAAGGAAGCGUCAUCCUCAGCACGACAUCCGUCGGCACCACCUCGUCAGUCCUCACGAUGACGUCAUCCGCUGUCAAAAUGUCCCCAUCGCGAUCUACGUCCGGCGCCUCCCACACUGCUCGGCCGCAAUCGCCCCUUGGUAUCUUCGACCGCAUCUACAGCGUGACCAGCAACUGCUCUGCCAGCGGCAUCAAGAGCAUCUUUAAAAGUACCAGCAUCCUGUCGGCAAACAGCACCGACAGGCGCAACAGCAUUGGCAGCAGCGGUGGCGGCGUCGUGAAUAAAGGCGUUGGAUCCAGGAACAUUGCUUCCUUCGAGAGACGCAGCAGCUCCAGCAGCGUGGGUGUGCAGAGUGUGCAGCAUGGUUUCAUGGAACUGGCCGGCAAGGACAGACGACCCAGCUUAGCUUCUGCACCCUCCAGAAGUGACCUCACCACGAAAGGGGAGGAAAGAGGCAUGACUUCCAAGAUAUCGAUGGAUUCCAACGCCGACCGACCUGCCAGUGCCUCGCCACAAAGGGGGGUGGGAAAAAGUGAGAAGCUCGAGGACCCUGGUGAGACGACAUGCUCCAGCAAUCUUCCUGGAGGCGAGAGACGCCUCGCUACUAAUGGUGCUGCUUGCAGUAAUGGCACUGGUAAAAUUUCCGGUGUCAGCAGUCCGCCGAGAAGUGCCGCCUCUAAUAGGCGCCCAGGUACCACAACUCUUGUUUCAGGCAGCAGCGAUACGCGAACGAGCAGCAACAACUUAUCGAGUGUUGAGGUUGAACGAAAACCGAGCGUUAGCGGCGGGGGUGAUGGUGGUUUCUCUACAGGCAGCAUGAAGCGAGCUGACCUCGCCAGUCCUCCGUCCUCACAAGAUUAUGAAAAACACAGCAGUCGUGCAGUGAUAGGUAUUGUGCAGAAUAGUGAUGUCCAGGUUAGCCGGCCCACCCUCGCCAGCGUGUGUAGAGCUGUGACCAUCAGCGUGGACGGCCGUUUUAGCGCCGCUGGUGGUGCAGAGGUCACCGCCAGCACAGCAACAGCAGCAGCACCACCAGCUCCUUCCGCCCCUGCUGACGUUCAUGGCGGCGACGGUGAAAGCCGCUGCAGCGCUGACACCAGUGCCAAGCAGAAGGGUGAGCGGCAUGUAGAUACACCUCUCAGGACGUGUCCAGACUCGGACACUGGAUCUCAAGAGAGUACUGCAAACAGAAGAACUAUACAUAACGCAGACAGGCGUCUUAGCAACGCCGCAAACACAGUUAACGAGCGACGUCUGAGUGGUGGUGUCAACUCUGGUGGUGAUGGCAAGGGUCCGGACAGCGCCGCUCAGAGUUCUGCACGAACAGGUGGUACUAGGGAUGCCGGCACCUCCAGCUCUGUCAAGCAGUCUGCCAACGGAAAUGUCAUGGCUAGCAGACCGGAACGAGCUGCAGGACAUGCAGCGAGUGAAGCACGUCUGUGUGCGGCUGGUAGCACGUCCUCACCGUCAGGCAACUCUCCAGGCAUAGCGGAGGAACGCUCAGAAAGUGAAAACAGUGGAGUCAGCAGGAGUCGCUCGCCAAAUUUCAGUUCCACCAAGUCUCAUGGGACGGGUGUUUCCACCAGCAGCAAAGCAGCAGUACCCAAAAACACCAGCUCCCUCACUGCUAGCGACAAGCGGCCCAGCGGGUCCAGCACCCAGAACCGAAUUUUCACUAGCAAGACCAGCGGCGGCUCCCACCCUGGUGCCGUGAAAAGGUCAUACAACGCAAGCGCAUCUGCCGGCAGCGGCGGGUCUGUGCACCGCACAGUCGCCAGUCCCACCCGUCCACAGGCUGUUGCAGGGGUGGCGGCCUCGGGCAGCACAUCGUCAUUCACCCGCAUUACCAGUACAAGUGUCGCCGCGACUGGUGCCUCAGACCCCAAACGAAUGAAGACGUCUGGGAGCGGCCCCGCAUUCUCAAACCUGUCACCCUCCACCGUCAUAUCACCAACCAUCCUUUCAUCUUCCUCUGCCGCCACUAGCAACUGCAAAACAUCAAGCAGGAUCGGAGUUGGCGCGGACAAGUCCUCUGCUGCAACCGGCGCUACCUCCACGAGCAAGACGGCUUUCAGCAGCAAUGUUGGGAGCUUCCCAAAUGUUGGAGGAUCCGUCUACAAGAAACAGACCUUGAUGAAUCAGAUGGGGCCUUCCGGUACGCGCCUUCCGGCACCUGGUACGAGAGUAGACAGCCUUCUUUUCCGUGCCACAAAUAAGACGUUGGUCACCUCUUCAGCCACAGCCCCGGCCAAACAAGAUGGAGGUGGAAGUGCAGGACGUGAAGAUAGAAGUGACACGCAGAGGGGAUGCAGAGGUGAGACCGAAGUGGACAGCAGGGUGUCUUUCUUUGACAAAACCUUUUCUGGGGGAAAAUCUAACAAAGAGACGUGUGUAAGUUCCGGCGUCGGCGGAAGUGACAUCAGCUUCUCUGCCAGACACAUUCUUAGCAAUGCUUUUCAUAGUUACGGCAGCAGUAUGGCUAAGAAGACCGGUUGUGCAUCGACCAUUGCAAAUAACAACAACACCACAACAAACAACAAGAACAACUCAAAGCUAUCUGCGGGAAUGAUGGCCAGGAACGCCAGCGUUGCGUGCGAUCUUACCAAAAAGUCCUCCACCGCCAGCUUGGACAGUACACGUUCUAAUGGCAUCGCUCGAAAGAGCGAGGUCACAACCACGACAUAGCUCGGCUAUCCACGAGCAGUAGCAGAGACAGUGCGUUUGCCAGCGAUUCGGAAACGAGUCCGACGCCACCUCUUAAGUUUUCCGACAUUAACCGAAAUCCCAUAAAGAUAGAGCAAGGAGUCAAUUGUAGUUCGGCCGGUAAGACUUGCAGGAAGGAUUCAUCGGCUCACGUCGAAAACGGGGGCCGGCGCUCUACGGGAUCUAUCGGCUCAGUAGGCUCACCUAGUUCCCUGGGAUCAGGACCAGGCUCGCCCAUGGAAAGUGAACGUUCGCCCGUCAAGGACGCGCGGCGACCUUCUGACUCGGAGUUGCUCGUCACCCAGCGUUGGCACAGCCUGUCCCAUCACCCGCAUUCACACCUGCUGCCAGCCCUGCAUGCGCGACCCGAUCCCGCUAUGAUGGCAGCGUUGUACAACGGCCACUUCAAGAUGCCGCCCCACGCUAAGUUUCUUCCCUUGGUGCCAGACCAUGGGCCGCCGGCAACUUCCUCCCCAGAACCUAUGCCACUGGACUAUUCCACGUCGUCUUCUUCAAAGUCAUAGGCACCAUAGUGUUCUUCCCAACAACAGUUAUAGUUGGAGACUUGUAUGCAGCAAGGUUGUGUCGCCUCACAAUACGUGUGUAUUGCGAGAGUUAACAUCGGAUGUGAAAAUGCAUGUCUUUUGUUUCGCUCCGCUCUGGAAGAAGCUGGAUCAGCUUUUGGUGAAUGGGACCUUAAGAUCUUCUACCUUGGUUGUGUAUGAGUUUUUAGAGGUGGCGUAGUUUGAUUCUUCCUGAGCCAGGAGCUUCCGUCGAUGUGGAUUUUUUUUUUUUUUUUUUUUUGUAAAAAGUAUGUGCACUUGUUGAUGGGUGUAGUGUGUCCUACGUGGUGUUUCCGCAUUCACCGAGGGAUGUACAUCGUGGAUAAUGGUUUUCUUAUCUACAAGUUUCGGCGCUCGGAAUUUAUGAAUUGAAUGUGGAUACCAGUGUGUGUGUGUAGAUUCUAAUCGGAACCCUGCUAUCUUAUGCCCAUCGCCCAAAACAGAAGUGAAUCUCCGUUUUGUGGCAGCUGCUCUACGCAAAAUGUUUUUCUUUGCCUCCUGCUUCGGGGUGUGGGAGUAUGUGCUUGCCUUCUCCUCCCUCGUCCUUUGCUCUGCCACCCUGUUCUCUGCAGUGUCUUUGUCCCACAGCAGCACCUCUGAGAUAGAACCGACAUCAUUACGUACGCGUCACGUGCAGAGAAGCCUGCAUUUAUAAUGUGCCUAAUACAGUUUUGUUUCCUUAGCCACGACGUCGGAACGUUAAAUUCGGUAGUCUUCCUGGCUAUUAUCUGUGAAUUAAGUAGUAUUCUGCGUCAAGGUUGUUCUAGUGUGUUCUGCCCUGCCCUGCUCACACUCUCUGGUGUACACAACAUGAACAGACAAUGUCAAGAUGCCUAAGGAAAUAUAUAAAAUUCAUGCAUUGUUACAAAAGAGCGGGGAAUGUCUGCGACCCAAAACCAAAGACAAACAAAAAAAGCGUUGUGAGUUGCAGGGUGUCUCACAACGGACUGUAUAUACCAUACACACAGACCCACGGGCUAUCAGUCCUUCUCGCAGCUGUGUAAAUUUGCUGUGAUUACUAAAAAAAAAAUGUACGCAGCCACUGAGCGGAUUGAACGCUAGGGAGUCCUUGUCUUUAUGUUUGUUACCUCGAAUGCUGCCAUUCCUGAUCACAGAUCAGUAUUUGGAAAUGUCUCGUCGUUUCUAACAGUUGGAAGAUGGACACCCAAUGCUACAACAUUGUAACACUGACUUGUGUGAUAUAUGCAUGUGGUUGUGUUUCAUAUUUAGACCUGUGUUUGUGCUUUCUGUGUACAACGCGAUAGCUUGAAAUUUCAAUGCAUUAUUGAAAUGACGAUACUCUACUUACGGCGUAGUAGGGUGAAUUUCAGUUUUCAAUUUUAUGCACACAAUUGGUAAAGAAUUCACCAAUGUAAGAGGAUCACUGGUGACCACUUUUACUUUUUAAAGGAAAUGCACAGUCAAAUGUAAAUGUGAUGAAGACGGAAAUAAUUACUAUAGUGCUCUUUGUCUAUUUGAAACCUACCUGUGUUACUUUUCUUCUUCUUUUUUUAAUUUUGCUUCCAUGUCACAAGAAUUCAGCAUCCUGACUAUAUACGAGAAAGCGCGCUCACACAAACACACACACAAAUGAGAGAGAAAGAGAUAGGGGAUAUCAAUGAAUAAGGCGUUGGCCAAGUGACAGGGUAUAACUCAAAAUUACUCAUUUUGUUUAACGUUUCUCCAAACUACUACCAUGUUGAGACAAACUGCAGGUGAUAUGUAAAUAGGACCACGUGAGAAAUAGUCGAUUUUCUCAGUAGACAGGACCAUAAAGCUGUCUGGACUAGCCCGGGGUUUUAUUCACAGACUUUGUAUAAUUGGUUAGAAUGUCUGCUAAGCCUGGCGUGGGAAUGCUUGAUGAACUCUGCACAGCACUUCUGGCCGGCUGAGGUGUCGCUGAGACCAUUAUUAUUAAAUGACAGAGCAUGAGGUAGGAUAAAGCAGAUCUCUGGUACAUUCUUUUUUCUCUCUGCCUUAAUAGGUGAUAAACGGUAACAACCGCUGCGCGCACAAAUUCAGGUCUAAAGGAGAACUACCGUGUCUUAUUUUGAGACAAUGCAUUACCAUACUAACUGCAACAACAAAAUAGCUUUUUAAAAAAGAUCGUCCUGUAUGAAAAGAAGUCUUUCGUUUUUAUGGUGAGGUUUAUUUCAGUCAAAGCUAACUGGUCCUAAGAAUAGAUCGAUUUCAUCAAACAUUGAAAAACUUUGUAGUAGCACUUCAAAAAUGUAAUUCAGUAAGAUUUUUGUGGGAAUAGAAUUAUAUUUUAUCAUUUUGGUCUUUAUUACUUUUUAUUAAAUAAAGUUUUGAGAAAUUUUGAGAUGGCUUGCAGUAUCUCCCCAUAUAUUUUUGAAUUCUUCUAAUCAAAGGAGGAAGAAACUCCUUUUCCUGAAACUAGCAAAUUAAACAAAAUGUUCUGGUAUGUGUUUCUCGGUUUAAUAUUAUUGUACUCUGAUUUUCCGGCUUAAUUUAGAACGCAGACAUCACGCUGGUGCUAGUUUUCACAGGGCUUGGGGUGUUCUGUAAAUCUAUUAACAGAGCUGCAGUAAGUACGUAGUAUCUGAAUACCCUUCCUACGAAAAAAUAUAGUCGCAGUAAGGCAGGCAAUCACCGAGCAACACAAAAACUUAAUUUGUUGUGGAUGUCUGAAAUAGAGACUAAGAUCGAGCUUGUAAUAGAAACUUGCUUUUGGCGGUCAUUUAUAGGUUAAACAGGUCAGGAGGACGAAGGUCCACACAAAAUAUAAAUCUUCAGAGUCCUUCUCCUACUUAGUCCUGUGGAUGGCAAUGCCUGGGCAUGAGCUACGGAAAGGUGAUCCACUAUGUCUGCUUAUUAAAUCGGUUUCCUUCCCGUAGCAUCGGGCAGUCUAGUUGCAAGCUGUUGUCUGUGUCAGUAUACGUAUAAACCCAUAUGUCGCCCAAGCCACACGAAAUAGAUCGUCCCCUUUGUUAGAAGAUGUCCGACAAGGACAAUUUUAUGCGGCGUUCUUACUGUAAACCGUUCAUCGAACAACAAAGAAACAAACCAAAUGACUCCGUUCAGUCCUCUCCACGACACAACAUGACGUUCAGAUCAUUAAUUAAACUCCAGGCCUAGAAUUUGUUCAAUGACAGAACGAACAGUUAAAAAGCUUGCCAGUUGCACCCUGGAAAAUCAUUGGCAUCAUUUAGUUCUGGUGUCAAUAGUUGUGCUAGGAGAAAGCUGAAAUGGUCCCAUUCGGGACAUUUUAUAUCGUAAUAAUAGCUCAAGAGAGAGGUUAAACGUCAUCGACUUGGUCAGGACAUUGAGGACCAAAUCAAUCAUGCAUGAUGGUGAUACAAUUCGGAAAGCACACCUCUGGAGCCAGAAACUUAAGACUCCAUACCACGGGAUCCAUAGAGGAACGACGAUGAAAAAGACUUAAAACGCCUUUUUUGAAAAAGUUUUAUAACUUCUCCAGCCUUAAAGUUUUGACCUAGCACAUGUAUAAACAACUACCUACGAGGUAAUGAAUACUCACCGUGAGACAUCUGGUUUUGGAGUCACUUCACCAUUAGGGCUGUGUGCAUUCUGUCUUUGAUCAAUGUGCUGCCAUACAGGGAGAAGGACCAUGCAUUUCCAUUUAUGAUCUGCGUCUUUUUUUACGGUCACUUAAAUUAUGUCGGUCGGUGGCUAUAAAAAUUUUGGGAACGUUUAUACUUUGUCGUUUUGUAUCUUGCUGCAAUCACUUGGAACCGUGCUUUAGUGUUGGUCUAAUAACCACUAACAUCGAAAAAGAAAAAAGAAUAUUCCGUUUGUAUUUCUAUUUGAAAAACAUAUUCCCGAGUAAGAUAUGCACUUGUUUUCCAAAAGAGUGUUAUUUGUUGAUACAUGUUUUUUUGUAGACACAGUAGCCACUCCCUCUUUCCCUCCCUUACGAUGCAAUGAAGGGGCCACAUGCUUAUCUUGUCUGCAUACAAAAUUCUGCCGGAUAAAAAGUGUUAUCUUACAUUAUGUCAGGUCAUAAAAGUACGUAGAUCACAGAUAUCUGAAUGAAUCAGCUAGACAGAUCUUCGACAGAUGGGUCGGUAUGUGCCAUAUUUGACAAUAGAGAUGUUUAUAAAGAAAAUCUGGACAGUUUGUGGUUUUUUCCUGCUGUCCUUCUCGGCGAAGUUAUCUAACAAUAACCUGACAGUUUCACAUCAUGCAGUUGGGUUCUUUUUAACCGUCAGAACACUGCCCAUGAUCACACUUUACAACCCCGCUUUCGCCAGGACAAAGCAAAUAACUUCAGGCACGAAACUCACUUUUUCCCAGAGCUGCAGUUGUUGAUUUGCUUCCCUGUUAACAUGGCGGUGACCGUGACAACGUAAACUCUGUCGUCACAAAAAUAUUUGUUCUUAGCAGAGCUUGAUAGAAGCUAUUAACAAGAGCUAAGAUGUUCAAGUAAUGAGCUUCCGAAACCUUACCUUUCACCUCAAUCAGCAUUAUUGCUGGACGGGCGUCCCAUUGUAUAGAAAGUAGCGUACAGGCUCAUUAGAACAGAACAUCUUACCGUCUAGCAGCAAUGUGAAUACAGUGGCAGGAACUAUCCAGCCAUUAACUUUUUUUCCUGCAAAAACACCAGGUGACGAAGAGGUGGUACAAAGGCGCGAGAAACUGUUACCAUUGAGACACGUUUUGUUCCCGCCUUUUUUUACUAGCUGCUCGGUCCUCCCUCAAACUGUGCAGUCGGGUGUGAAGUGCGCGCUCGCCAUUCACCACCAGCUAUUGAAAGCGUCAACGGGACUUGCAAGCAUGUUCUAACAAUACAUGUGCGUGCUAGCAAUAGUUCAGCAAACAUACUUUAAAACAAAAACAAGCCUCUCUCUCUCCCACACACACCCUCUCGAUUUGUUCACCUCCUCCCACUUCUAGGGAAGAAAGCAUGGGCUGAGGGACAAGGAGACACAGCAUUGAUGCGGUGCCGAAAGUUGUCAGUUGAAAGAAGAUCUGUAUCGAGGCGAAUAUAGUUCAGUCAGUCUCUCCUGGAGGGAUCAGUGUUUCCUCAUUCAUUGGCUCCUCAAGCUGUCUAAUGACAAAAGUUGAUUAGGAGUGAAGGAAGGAGGGCAAAGUAAAAAAGAUUAAAACUGAUCGCCCUCUCUCUGUCUCUCUCUAACACACACCAUUCGCACGGUUGCUAUUUCAAUUGUAAUGUUUAUUCAUGUAUUGAUUCUCUCUGUAGACGUGCGUGCGUGCAUGUGCUGCAUUCGAGUUUGCUUGGGAAUCAGUGUACUCUUGUGGAGUAGAGGUCAGAAGACCUGGCAGUUAAGUACUCUAAAAGUAACACUUCUGAAUUGUGGAGUGUUUAGUUCAUGCAUAAAUUGUGUGUGUGUGUGUGGGGGGGUGUCCUCAUUUGUUUUAGAUUUCAAAAUGUUAAGACUUAUGCGAACAUUGCAAGUUGUACAAAUGUUUGAUACUACACACAAAUGAUGUAUUCCACGGUGACCUUUGAACUCGUUUGUUAACAGUUAGAGCUAGAGCAGCAUCGUAGUAACGUGUAUUUGUAAAUAACUUUGUUAGCUGCUACCUUGUACAGGUAUUGUUUGGAUUUGGUAUUGUUUGAAGCUGUUGGCUUUUUAAACUGGUCAAAAUGUUAUAAUGCAAGACAUUUUCAUCUCCUUAGUGCUUGCUCCUUUGCACUGCUAGUUAUUUCUGCUUUGAGCAUGCUCGCUUUUCCAUGUGUGUGUAAACCCACAAAAGAAUGGAAAAUGUGAAGCGAUUCUCAAAUAUUUUAUUUGUGCAACCCAUUAAAGACUGACAAAAGGGAAAACUAUUUGAUCUAGCUGCCAGUCUGGCACAAAUAUGUUAAGAACACGGUUUUUUUGUGAUGUAACCUUAAUCAUUGCAGUGCUGAGAUUGCGUCUGUCGUACAGACAUUGUGAUUUGCUUCCACACACUUGGUUUGAACGUAAUAUUUAAACUGCUGCAGAUAUUCUUCUGUACAGAGAAAGGUGCCAUCCACAACAGAUUGCUAAGCAAGAUAAUUUAUUGAAUUCCCUCCCCAGCUCGUCUUCAAAAAAUUGUACUUUCUCCCCCCACCCCUUUUUUUUUAAAAUCUUUCUGAUGAGUUCAGAAACGAGUACAACACUUGCGUUUUUGCUGAUUUCCAUAAAACCUCUCGAUGUAUUUUCUGUUCUUCUAAGCAUCUUUUUUUUUAAUGAUAUGCUAGCGUAAAUAUCUCGAUUCUGGUGGGAAAGUGACGAGUGGCGCGAACGAGUUUAAACGAGGUGUGUUGAACAUCAAAGAUAAUGCUUAAGUGUUAUGGCCGCGGCUAUGAUGAAAGCUUGGUCACGCGAGUAGAUGACCGCACUCUGUGCACCCCAGCGACGAGAGUUUGUCAACCUCUUGCGGAGCUCGCAACAAGGGCUGAGCAAAGCGAUUUAUGACACAUAAGCGCGCUUUUUCCUCUUGUCUUACUGAUCACAGCGCCCACACACGGUCACCGGAAGACGGAGGUCACGCGAACACCGUUUGCGCACUUUGUAAGGCUGCUUUCUAACUUAUGGACAACGCACUCUUGUCUUUCUUUACUUAUUUAUUUCUGAAAACCCUUUUUAAUACCUUUCCCCGUACGGUUGUCGUAUUGCUGGCUGGCUGCAUUUAUCCAGCUGCAGUUGCGUUACAGGGCUUGCUGCAUCUAGGCCAAAAUUAUUAAAUAUUCACGUGAAAUAUAAGAAUGACGCUUACGUGUUGCCAGUAUUUUAAAACAAUUUUUUAAUUUUGUGUAUGUGACUAAUAUUGCUGAUAAGUUUUUGUUUUGGUUGAAUGUUUUUUGUCUAAAGACGUAGACAGCAAAAACCUUAACAGACUUAACAGCAGGCAGUGAUGAUAUAGAAUUCUGUCACAUUUGUACAUCCGUACCGUUGUCUUCCACAUCCCGCCUACACAGAAACCACUCUGUCUUCUUUUGAAUAAAUACAUUCCGAUUUCUAAAGCGUUGAAAGAUCACGCUAAGCCCAGCUGUGAUUGCUGUCGAUGGGCUUAGGACUAGACAAUGUCUCGAUAUUCACUUAGUAAAAUGAGAUCUGAAGACUAGGACAACUGUUUCCAUGGAAAUAAGGCGUACUUUAAUUAUUUCUAUCGGCUACAAGUAAUAGAGCUAUCGAUUGUUGGCAGAGAAAGGGAGCAAGAUCGCCCUUCACAGUCCGGCAGGAGUUUUUCGACGCCGGGACCAAAUGUGAAAGCAGACAGUAGCAUCACACGUCCCUGGUUCAACUUCAGGGUCUUUUUGCGACCUCACAUCCCUUCACUUCUGUAAAACUCGCAUCCUCCUCUACUGGUUUCUCCCCCUCCCAUUUUCUAUUUCAUAGGCAGCUUUGCCAUUGCCGUCAUCAGUUAACGACCACAUGUGACAACAAUGAAGACGGAACAGAUGUCGGAUAAAGGCCAGAAGUUUGCGAGAAAUUGUAGUCCUUUACCUACAGAGUCCUAAGUGCAUGAUGGCUGGUGACCUCUGAAAUAGCAGCUGCGUGGAAGUGAGUGAUUGUCUCGGUUUCUUUAUAGUUUUUUUUUCACUGUGUUGAUCUUCACUUUCACGAAUUCUCGUGUUCACAAGUAGUAGGAACCAAAGAACGGCUCCCUAGGACUGGAUGGAAAGUAGCUCUCACAUCACGAAGAAAUAAGUGAUGGAGGAGGAAUGAUCGUGCGUAGGUGUGUAUAUGUGUGUGUGUACAUGUGUGCGUGUGUCAUCGUGUGAUUUAAUAUCUGUUGUGUCAGGUUUUUUGGCGGGUGGGGGCGGAUCCUUCUUCCUGCUGCAACAAUCGCUUGUUGUGCACUUGAAACCCAAUUUACGUCGCUUUAGGUGGGAAUAUUGCUGAAACGGAGCGGCAGACUUCGAAUUCGCUUCCUUUCCUAAGGCCCUCACUGUCAUUGUGGAUUAACGUAGCAUGGAGUACAGCCCCAGCUUUUCCACACUCAGCGUUUCACUUGUUUAGUGUGAGAAGACAUUGCCUUCUCCACGACCGAUUCAAGAUGCGAUUUGUGGGCUUGCGUUUGAAGAUUCAGCACGGAUUUGAAACAGGCGGGCAGAGCUACAUGGGUCUGCACGGGUUGGGUCGGGAUAUGGUGUGUUUGAAUGGCAGUAGUUCGAAAUUUGUUCGCCCUUUGUUUGAGAGAGAGCUUUGUACAAAAGUCAGAGCUGAUGAAGCUGCGGGUCUAGCCGUGGUUGGGAGCGUUAAAUAUGGGGGCGGCAGUUCCCGUCUUUAUGGUCGCUUUGUUUGCUGACUAAAAGGUCGUCUCCAAGAUUUAUAGUUUGGUGGUGAACCGAAAUGUGAGGUUCUCUCUUGGUGGCUGUGAGUAGUAACAUAUUUAUUUAGGGGUCAUCGUUUUAAAGUUCUUCGUUUAGGAGCCGUGCUGGUUUUUUUUUGGUUUUUUUUUUUUUGGGGGGGGGGGGUGCGCGCGCGUGUAUGUGUGACCAGCAUUGAACCUCGCGUUGUUCUGCGUUGUCGUAUCUUUUGCAACUUUAUAGAUUAUGUUCAACUCGCCAGAGACCUUUCAUCAUCUCCGUUUUCCACAUGCCUUCGUGUUAUCUCUUUUCUGUCUCAAGAUCAGAUUAAUGUUGAAGGCAGUUUAUUGAUUUUAUUGAUUUCACGUGGACCCGACUCCCUCAAACAUUCCCAAUAGAGACAGCAUACUAACCGACCUAAACACAUUCGCCGAAACGAUUGUGUAGAGUGGCGUGAGAGAUGGAGAUACCGAGAACCAUACAUCCUGGUAGACAUUUCAAGGUUUCUAUGCGAUCGCGUGCUUUUUGAAUGUGGAUUCCGAAACUGUUUUUCUCUUCCUUCUCCUGUGUCUCUUACAUUUCCUUGGUGAUGAGGGAUAAUUGCAUAAAAAGACCAAUGAAAUUUUGAUCUUGCAAUAAAGCUGUACAAAGACCACACAUGUAGCUAAACUCAAGCACUCUAACGACAUAAGAGAAUUCGAAAUGCACGAUUCAAAACGAUAGACGUAAAGGAAACAAUACUAUUUUGUUUAAUUCAUUAUUUCGUUGAAUCCAUCGCUCAGACAAUCGCAAGAGAAAAUUUGACAAACUUUCGUCCUGCGGGUGAACGGAGCAUUGUCUAUUGCAUUUCUUGAAAGCAAUCUAUCAUUGUUAUCUAUAUUAUUUUUCAAAUGCGCUUAGCCAUUUCAAGAUAUUGACUUCCGCCAGGAAAUUAAAAUGGUUUUCUACUCCUUCCACACCCAGCAACCCAUCAGAGCAGCAACUCUAGGUUGUCUCAGUUAAAUGUUCACAGGCAUUUUGCAUUUCCUGUACAUUGCAUUUACUGUCCACAAAAGUAUGCAUCCAGUGCUCGGCAGCCCUAAGACUACAAUCAGCCGCGUCAUACACUAUAACAAACUUGCAUUUUUUUCCAGUUGAUGUUUUGUCUGAUGCGGACAGCAACUUACGGACCCAUAGACUUUAUAUGUUUAAAAACAAAUCAUGAAGCUUCUUCAGAACUUGUUUGGUCAAUUGAGUAGAAAUGGCAAGAGUGGGAGAGUGUGGGUUUUGUUUCGUGUUCUUGAGCACUUGUGUCGUUUAAGGCCUACAAGACACACACAUAUGUUCAUGGAUGACAAGUUUCAAGCAUUCGUGUAUUCUUACUGUUGAGUGUCAACUUGAAAUCGUACCAUGAAUUAUUAAAGUUUGUCUUGUGUCCU